GUCCAGGUGCGCCUGCGCAGGUAAUGCAGUGAGGCGGGACGUCGGCGGUGCUCACGCACCCGGCUGCGAUGCGACGAGAUACUCCCUGAGCCGUUUUAUUAGCAAGUCUGUUUUAUUUUUAUAGACGGUCAGAAGGCGAGCAGUGGUUCAGCGGUGUGUGGUGUAAUAGAACAUAAGUGGCGCAGCGGUGCGCGGCUCGCGUUGGCUCGGUGCCCGCGCGGCCGCCAGUCCCCGGAGCGCCGGCCCGCCCGCCGCAUCGCAUGCGCGCCCACCACUAGCUCGCCCGACGAAUCCUUGCUAUUGCGUGUUACAUGACCGGAGCUGCGCGCUACUCAGACGCGAUCCUUUGCGACCCAAGUGGACGAAGCUUACGCUCGAGGCGUUCGCAGAAAUACUCCUACUGAUACAAUCGCGUUUGUGUUUACGCGCCUAGAAAGUCAGAGAAUUAGUAGCGAGUUCAGAGCAGCCGAUUUAGGUCGCCCGGUUCAGUGCUAGCAGCGAGAUAUUUUUAUUGCCACUGUUGGGUGCAGACGUACGAGCGCCUGAACACGUUGCUGGUCAAAUAAAUUAUUAUUUAUAGAGUAAAAUCGUAAAUUCAUUCCAUAAACUUUUGCGUGUGUGUGUGUGGUUGUUCCUAGUUUCCUUUAUGUCGGGUGCAAUCCUGUUACGAGACGUGGUAUUGACUGCGUGAGAGAGGAGGAAUGUGACGAACUGAACUUGUCGUUAGCAGCAUUUAGGUGAAAUCUUUGACAUUUGUAAAGUGCAUUUGUGUGUGUUGUUGUGAGGAUGCAUCACUUGUAUCCUCUGGCGAAGGGCGACCCGCUGUGCCCGCUGGGCUUCCACCCGCAGGUGCGGUGGCCGACGCGCUGCAAGCGCUGCUUCCGCGACUACAAGGAGCACGGCGGGGUGCGCAAGAAGGAGGAUGACUUCACAGUGUCCACGCCCAGCCUCUCCACUUGGAACACGCCGUCGUCACGGAGUCGUGAUGAAGACAAUGGUGUGGAAGUGGAGAAGGCGGGAAGAGGUUGGGCGUCCAGCACCAACCUCAGUACCCUCGACAGCUCCAAGAAAGACGCCUUCUCCACAGGGUUCACAAGAACCAGUGCAUCGUGGACGUCGACGCCGGACCUGGGGGCAAACGAGACCGAGAGCACGAACGCUGUCACCGUCAGCCUGAAGCUGCCCAAGCGGCGGCUCACGGGACCACUGCCGUCUUUGGAUACGGGGCAAAAUAGUACUUCAGACACGGUGACGCUGCGACGACCGUCGCCAUCUCCUCCGCCGUCGACUGCACCGGUGCAGACACCCAUUACUAUAAGCAAGAACGACUCGCUAGCUGAACGCGUGCGAAAGAUGCAGUUAAUCAAAUCACAAAAUAGUUUUGAAAAGGAAUCAAGUAUAGAAAAAGAUAGAGAAAGACGAAGUUUAUCAAGAAGUAAAGAAGCUCAUCAUGAAGACAAACCUGCUCGGCCUAAAGAAGACAGAAGUUCCACGAAGGACGAUGUUAACUUUAUGAUGCAGGUGAAGAGUUCUCGGACAUCAGCAAGCUCGAAGCCUCCCGUUCGCGGCGGACCCUCACGAGACAGAGACGAGUCCGAUGAUGACACCAGCACUACUGGCACUGUCACUACCGAGACCACACUCGUUGAUGUUAACGUUAAGGAGUAUCAGGAGCAGAUAGAGAGUUUGAAACAAGAGGUGGACACGUUAAGGAAACGUUGCGAGAGGGUAGAGAAAGAGAAGAGUGACAUAUUGUUACGAAGGCUGGCGAACAUUGACUCGGUUAACAAGUACAGUACAGGCAGAUCCUCGGAAGUGCUGAAGCUGCAGCAGAAGGUCAAUGAGCUAACAUCACAGAAUGAAGAUCUGAAAGAUGAGAAGAAACAUCUCGCGUUGCGAGUUCGGGAAGUGGAAAGUGAACUUGAGUCUCGUCCCUCAGUGGAAGCUCAAGCCCGGCAAAUAGAACAGCUUCGUGCCAAACUACUGGCUGCUGAGACUCUGUGCGAGGAGCUCAUGGAUGAGAACGAAGACAUGAAGAAGGAGCUAAGAGACCUAGAAGAGGAGAUUGAGGAGAUGCAGGAUAACUUCAGGGAGGACCAAGCAGAUGAAUACUCAUCACUCAGAAGAGAGUUAGAGCAGACCAUUAAGAAUUGUAGAGUUUUAUCGUUUAAGUUAAAAAAGACUGAAAGGAAAGCUGAUCAGCUUGAACAAGAAAAAGCUGAACACGAGAAGAAACUUUUAGAGAUAGUUGGCGGCCAAGACGGGUUACAACGUGAGAACCGCAUCAAGGACUUGGAGCAAGAAGUGGCGCGGUCUACGGAGGUCGCGUUACGGCUGCAGAGGGAACUCUCCGAGGCCAAUGCGAAGCUUGCAGCGGCUUCGGGAACUCCCACUGCUAACCUUAAGAAGAACCAACUUACUGAUGGGAAAGUGUCGCGGUCGUCGCUGACGCGUGGCGGUAGCCAGGAGGACCCGGCGCAGCUGCUGCGAGACCUGCAGGACUCCUUGGAACGUGAGGCUGACCUCCGCGAACAACUGCGUAACGCUGAAGAUGAGGCUAGUCGAUAUCGGCCACGAGUCGUCGGCAGAAGGAUACGCCCACAACUUGUACCACAGUCUCCCCAAUCUGAUCCCAAUUCACCUCAGCCAUUUGUAAAAGAUAACGAUAUGAUAGAACCAAAUACGAUUCAGAGAAUACUUGAAAUGCAACUCGCUUUAGAAAAGAGUUUGUCGUCAUUAGACAGUAGCCCGUCGUCCAUUGGUGUUAACCAGAUCACACAGUCUCCACAAGAUCUCAUUAUUAGUUACUCUGAAGGUUGCCAAACGGAUACCAUUCUAAUGCACGAUGUAAUGACCGACACGAAAAAGAUCACACUUGAUUCAAUUGUACAAAGCUCUAUAGAUAUUUUGGAAAUGUACACCCAAACUGAAGUAGCAUUUAUGAAGAAUAAACUGAUGCAAACUGAAUUUAUGGGAACACAUAACUUUGUUCAGACUGAAAAACAGAAACUGAGAAAUGCUAGUGUGCAAACUGCAGCUAAAUUAUACAAUGAUAAAGGUCUGCAGGCAGUCAAUAAUAAUAGCAAAGAGUAUGUUGACGCUAGCACUGAAACGUCUAGUAUUGAUGGCGAAGAGACUGUGCUAUCAGUUUAUAGAGAUCUACAAGUGGAUUCCGUAGAAAUAUCCAGAAUAUUCGAAAAAGAUAAAUCUGAAAGUCCUCCUCUUACUCCAGACAAAAUACCUGAAUCUCAUUCUCCCUAUCCUUCCCCCUUCGUAUCAAUGUUCAGUCCGUUGGCUGUAAGAUUGCCACUUAUAGGUCGUAAGCUGUCACCGACACCUCCAUCAAAUAAACUCAAUAUUGAUGUCAAUGAAAAAGAUGGAAAAACUGAUGAAGAAGAUGCAGCUGAACUACGACUUUUACUUGAACUUAAUGAACAGGAAGCAUCAGUUUUGCGGCGGAAAGUUGAAGAAACGGAACAGGAAAAGGAUUCCUUGAAGAAACAAGUUAAAGAACUUACUGAUAAAAUCGCUAGUCAAUCUAAAACGAAUUCAACAGUAACACUUCGUAGAACAACAAAUUCGAAAGCCAACAACUUGGCAGAAGAAAAAGUCAAAGUGUUAGAAGAUGAGAUCGCAGAAUUAAGGAAAAAACUUAUUGAAAAAGAAAGAGACUGCGAAAGGUUACAUGCCGAACUCAGCUUAUCAAAGAAACCGAAAGCUUCACUUAUAAAGAGCAAGUCACUCGAUGGCGAUCAACAAAAUGUGGACUUGAAGAGACAACUUCAAGUCAUAGAACAAGAGGCAAAUGUUCUACGUUCUAAGACACAAAGUCUAGAAGCAGAUAACGAAAAACUGCAAUUAGAAAACAAAAAACUACAGCUAUUGAAGAACGCAAAAACACUAAAAUCCGACAAGUCAAUAGAACAAAAUGCAUCUAAAAUAACGCAGUUAGAAACUGAACUAAAAGAAGCUUUAGCCAAAUUAAAAGAAGUUGAAAAUAAUAAAGACGACAAAACGGAGAAAAAAGUAAGAUUCGGUGGAGAAAUUAAUAACAAAAAGGACGCUGACGCGUUAAAAUCAAAACAGGAAGAAUUAGAUAAAUUGAAACUCAACUUUAAUAAGCUUGAAAAAGAAAAAGCUCAAUUACAAGUUGCAUUAAAAGCGUUGAAAGAAGAUGCAAUUAAAUCGUUCAGACCCAGAGUUCCCAAGAAACCAACUGAUCUAACUACAAAACUACAAAUGAAAAGAAUGGUCGAGGAUUUGGAAAGUGAAAUCGGUGAAAUGUAUGUCAUUAUGAAAAACGCAGGACUUUCUGGAACUGAAAUCAAUACUAGAGCUCAAAUGGAAAAAGAUAUUGAAGACAUAAGAUCCAAGUUAUCCAGAAACGAUUCCGAGUUUACAAACGAGAAGAAUCGAUUACAAACAGAAAUUGCUAAACUAAAGGAUCUCAACGCAAAGUUAGAAACUGACAAGACAGACAUAAAUAGCAAAUUAAAAACACUGGAAAAAGACAAUAGCAGCAUAUCUAGUCAGAUCAAAACGCUACAGGAAGAAAAGAAGAGUUUAGAGUCACAAAUCAGUAAACUCAAUAAUGAACUGAAAAAUGCAACAUCACUGCAUACUACUAUGUCGGACUGUAUGAAGAAAAUAGAGGAUCUGAAAAAAGAGAUAGAUGUAAAAGAUAAAGAGAUUGAUAAGUUAAAGAAACAAGUGGAAGUUGUAAAUAAAUUAGAACAAGAUAAACAAAAGUUGCUCAAAGAGGUUGGAGAUAAAGCUAAGAAGAUAGGUGAGUUAGAAAAGAAAUUCAAAGAAGCAGAGGACAAAUGUAAGCGAACCGAAAAGCAACUAGCAGUUCGUAAAGACAAAGUAGCUAAAUUAGAAAAAGAGGAAGAUGCCUUACGAGAUACAUCAAACCAGAAAUACGACGAAGCGAUAUCGUCGGUGGAAAUGGCACAAAUGCAAGAUAAAUUAGACAGAACAUCUAAAGAACUUGAAGAUAAACAGGAAGAAUUAGCAAAUGCCAAACGAGAUCUAGAAAAGACUGAGAAGGAACUAGCUGCAAUAAAAUCCGAAAUGUCGCAAUUAAAAUCAAGUAUAUCAAAAUUAGAGAAUGAGAAAAAAGAGCACGAGAACAAAUUACAGGCAGAAAAGAAAGAGUCUAGCUACUGGGAGAGUAAAGCUUCGGAAUUGGAAACUGAUCUACAGGCUGAACGCAAGAAACUGGAGCGUAUGCGCAAGGCCCAUGAUGUAGAUAUAAAGAACAAAGAAGCAGAAUUAGCUACACUUAAAGGAAAACUAAAAGUAUUAGAGCAAUCGUCCGGUGCAGGUGCAAAGAAGAUUUCUGAUCUCAAGCAGGAACAUGAAGAAGCAGUUAAAAAAUUGGAGCAUUCUCUUGCCGUUGAAAAGGCAGAGUACGAAGAACUGACGGGUAAAUACGAAAUAUUGGAAGAAGAGCAUGUUGUCACUAAAGCCAGGCUUACAGUGGAAAAAGAGCAGGCACAGGGUGAGUUAAUACACGUCCAAAAAGAGCUGACCGCUGCAUUAGCUGAAAUCAAAACUCUCUCAGACAACUAUGAAACGCAAUCGUCAGCAUGGACGAAAGAAAAGACUGAAAUGCAGAAUACGAUAUCGUCACUACAAGACCGGUUGUGCGGCGGAGGCUGGGAAGUGGAACGAGCUCGGCUCAACACUAAGCUGGAACAGCGAGAGCGUGAACUACGCACCGCUCAAGACCAGCGAGAUGUCCUGCAGCAUCAUCACGACAUGGCCAAGAAAGAGUUGGAGGAAGCCAAGAAAAAACUGGAAGACUACGAGAGAGUCUCUAAGGUACAGAGGACUUUGGCAACAGAAAAUUCCGAGUUGGAGAGAGAAUUGUCUUCUCUGAAUACGAGACUUGAACAAGCUGAUGUAGCAAGGAAGCAUGAACUUGCAGAGAUGAAGGUUAGAUACGAAGGCCAGAUGAACACCAUGAGAGACGAACUAAAGUCUUUGCACAACCAGGUAUCGAGAUUCAGGCGUGAAAGAGACAACUAUAAGCAAAUGUUGGAUGCAGCUCAGAAAACGAUGACCGAAAUGAAGAAUGGUGACAAGAAUGCAAGAACACCCAGGCUUUCUAUAUCUAGUACUGAUGAGGAGGAGUACCGCAACAAAGUGGCGACUCUGGAGCAGCAGACAGCCUGCUUGGAAGAUGAACUGUGUGAGGCUAGACUAUUAGCUUCCAAACUAAACACAGAACUCAUUAGCGAACGCUCUGCGGCUGAAGUACGCUUCUCCGAAAUGCAGUCUAGAUUGAAUGAGUAUGAAGAAGAAAGAUUGCUAUCGUCUGGUCGAGCGCGAGUGGCAGGAUUGGCGACUCGUAUGGAGCUAGCGUGGCAUAAGGAACGAGACGAACAACAGCGAUUGUUACAAGAGACCUCUACACUCGCCAGGGAUCUUAGGCAAACACUCUUCGAGAUUGAACGUGAAAGAGAGAAGGAAAGAUUAGACAUGAAGAGAAGAAUAGAUCAAUUGAAGAGAACAACAGAAGAAGAAACCGAAGAGGCUAAGAAGAAGGUGACAGAGUUGCAGUGUGAUUUGCUAGAGUUGCGAGACGCACACGCUAAGUUGCGAACUGCCAACGAGAAGCUACGGCGCGAUAAGGAGCGUCAUGACAGAGACCGCGAUCAGAACAAACUCCUCGUCGGAUCGCUCAAACGUGCUCAACAGGAGGAUGACAGAAUAAUAACUCAACUCUUAGAAACAAUAGACGACCUAAUGAAGCAGAGUCCAGAGCUAUUCCGCAAUGAGCCGCCUGUCAAACCGGAGAAGAACUUGGUCACUCCUACACCUCCAAGACGAAAUAGGUCAUCGAAGUCGCGGUCUCGGUCGGCAACGCCAGAGAGUGGCGCGAACGGCAUAGAAGCCGCGUCUACUGCGGCGCGGCUCCGGCGCCUCACCGACGAGCUGCGAGCGUCACGCAUCGCAGAGAGGCAGCGACGACACCAGGCCACUGCUAGAAGAGCAAUGUCGACGGAGCCGCGAGACACGCUGUCAGUGUCACCGGCCACGCGCACACCAUCCCGUGCUCCAUCACUCAAGAAGCGAUCCAUAUCACUUGAGCAGACUACUAAAGAUCAAAGCUUGAUAUGGAAAUCCGUGGACGAAAGCAGCGUGUCGUCGAUGCAGUCGCUAGACGGAGAUGCGGAUAACCGUUUGUUCACGAUGCAACGUGACGCUAGCCUUGACAGUCGACUAUCCGGUGGAUCAGCCCAAAGCGAAGUGCUUCCUUCCGAGAAGAAGAAAAAGAAGAGUAUCUUCGGCAAACUGAAGAAACUAACCAAGUCCCGUUCCAUUGACGACCAAGUGCACACCCACGACAGCACGGAACAUGUGGAAUUCAGACCUAUUGGCACUGUUUCUCAGGGUUCAGAUUCGGAUAUGAGUGCAGCGGGUAGCAAACGCGACCUAAGAGGGCGCCUAUCCGAUAUAUUCAGCAGAAAAGGGCAGAUGUCACGAACAAACAGCAAAGAGCUGAGCCCGGAGCGGCCGGCGAGUGCAAUGGGCGGUAUGAUGAGCUCAUCGUCUCGGCCGCCUCUACGAAACGCCAGCAGCACCACACUGACCCGCGCGUCUCCAGCUAAACCGAACGAAGUGCCAAGGCCAGCGAGCGCCACGCCAGCGGCAAAGAGGAAAGGGAAAUAACUGAUACUAUAAAGAUUCGCUUCAUUAUAGUGUAUUUAUCCAUUUUCCUAUGAUUUUUCCACAUAGCUUGUAAUAUCACAAUAC